AUGGCGGAAUUAGGGCAGCAGACGGUGGAUUUCUCGGCGCUGGUAAGCCGAACGGCUGAGGAGUCGUACGCGACGUUAAAUGAGCUGGUGGAGAAGUGCAAGUCCUCUGACCUCUCCGACUCCGAGAAGAAAAUUGGGAUUCUAAAAUACAUAGUCAAGACUCAGCAGCGUAUGCUCCGUCUCAAUGUCCUCUCCAAGUGGUGCCAGCAGGGAACAGAUGGUGGUAGAAAGAUAUCACAAGAUGGGGAGUCUGAUUCUGCUAGUUUGCGUACUCCUGGGCUGAAGAUUUUGUAUUGGUUGGAUUUGGAUAAAAACUCCAGCACAUCCGAAAUUGGAACGUGCCCAUUUAUAAAAAUUGAACCUGGACUGGAUCUGCGAAUUAAGUGUCUUCAUAGCACAUUUGCCAUUGAUCCUCUGACAGGAAAAGAAGCAGAAUUUUCCCUUGACCAGAGUUGUAUUGACGUUGAGAAGUUGCUGCUUAGGGUUAUAUGCUGUAAUCGCUAUACUCGUUUGCUAGAGAUUUAUAAAGAACUCGAGAAAAAUGGUCAGAUCUGUAGAGUUCCUGGCGAUGUUCAGCUUCAGGGCCAUGUAGAAGAAAUGCUUGCUGAUUCUCGGAAGAAGGAUAACAAGUUUGACAGCAGGGAGUAUCAGGGCCAGGAAGUCCUGCGUGUACGUGCCUUUGGUUCAUCGUUUUUCACCCUUGCAAUAAACAUAAGGAAUGGCCACUUCAUUCUUCACUCUUCCAAGAAUGUUAUAUCAUCAUUAGUGGUUGUUGAGUGUGAAGAGGCCCUAAACCAGAGAAGUAUGUCAGCAGCUGACGCUUUUAUUAGCUUGAGAAGCAAAAGCAUUUUACAUUUGUUCGCGUGCAUUGGGAGGUUCUUAGGUCUUGAGGUAUUUGAACAUGGGUCUGCAGCAGUUAAGGUGCCAAAGAGCAUUUCUUGUGGUACAAAUUUGUUGCUUAUGGGUUUUCCUGAAUGUGGAAGCUCAUACCUUUUGCUGAUGGAACUUGACAAAGAUUUCAAACCUGUGUUCAAAUUGCUAGAAAGUCAGUCAGAUACACCAGAAAAAGCUCAAUCUCUUGCUGAUCUGAGUAACGUGGUUCGUGUAAAAACUGUUGACGUUGGUAGGAUGCAGAUAUGUGAGGACGAGCUCAAUUUGAGUCUUCUCAACAGCAAGAAACUGCUAUCAAUUUUACCUAGUGAUGGUGGCAGUCACCAAACAUCUGAAAGUAGUCUCCUUGCGGAUUUCAGCUUGGAAAGAUCUCUAGUUUCUUCCAGUGCGCCAUCAACAUUUUGUUCUAUUGUUGAUGAAAUUUUCGAACUUGAGAAAGGGUCCUCUGUCCCUUCUUUCUCCGGUCAAAUUCCCCCGUCAACAUUUGGUGCUUCUCCUGCAUCUCAUUUGGGCUCUGGUGUUGCAAAUUAUCAGUGUCUUAAAGUUGGAACACUGUCCCCUAAGUGGGAUCGGGGAACAGGAAACUACAGUAGCUCCAUGUACAAGGGCGUGAUACAGUCAGGUUCGGCUGGAUCAUUAGCCACGGCUCCAGGAAGGAGUCAAACUGUGAAAAAGUUGACAGCUUCAAAGUCUGAGCAAGAUUUGACUUCUCUCAGAUCACCUCAUUCUGCAGGAGCUGGAUCUUAUACGUCAUUGGAUGAAGACCAGCUGACUGUAUCUACAAACCGACCAGCUCGACUCCUAUCUCCACCACAACGAGCUUGCCCUCCAGCUUCUGCAUUAAGUGGAAAAGCUAGUGCUCCAAGAAACUCUGCUGUGGGAACUGUACCGGUUGGUUUCAGGACUUCUGAGUCUAACUCAUUGGUUUUAAGUCCUGGAUCCCAAGCAAUAGAUUCAGCAACAUGUACACAGUCAGAGCAAGAUGCAGCUUCCAGAUAUAACAUUUUACCAAGGAAGCGUACAUUGUCAGAUUUGUUGGAUUCACUUCCAUCACUUCAAGCAAUGGAGUCCAAUGAAGGAUCACAUAAGCGAAGGAAACUUGUGGAGUCUGGCACUCAUCUACCUAAGUCACUGAUGCUUAUUUCUUCAGAUAUUUCUGGUAAAGCUGAAGAGUAUAGCUAUGGCAGUCUUAUCGCUGAAGCUAAUAAAGGGAAUGCACCUUCUAGUAUAUAUGUUUCUUCCCUUCUGCAUGUAGUCAGGCAUUGCUCACUUUGUAUCAAACAUGCCCGGCUUACGAGUCAGAUGGAGGCACUUGAAAUCCCAUAUGUCGAAGAAGUGGGUCUUAGAAGUGCAUCCUCAAACUUAUGGUUCCGAGUUCCAUUUGCCAGAGAUGAUGCAUGGCAGCAUAUAUGCUUGCGGCUAGGUAGACCUGGAAGUAUGUAUUGGGAUGUGAAAAUUAAUGACCAGCACUUCCAGGACUUGUGGGAGCUUCAGAAAGGAAGCAAUAGUACUCCAUGGGGUUCUGGUGUUCGGAUUGCCAAUACAUCUGAUGCAGACUCUCAUAUUCGUUAUGAUUCUGAAGGUGUUGUGUUGAGCUAUUAUUCAGUUAAUGCUGAUAGUAUAAAGAAGCUAGUGGCUGAUAUCCAAAGGCUAUCUAAUGCUCGAACUUUUGCGCUUGGAAUGCGAAAAUUGCUUGGUGCUAGGGCUGAUGAAAAGUUUGAAGAUAGUAAUGCAAAUUCCGAAAAUAAAGCGCCGGCUGCAAUUAAAGGCGCUUCUGAUGCAACUGAUAGAAUUUCCGAACAGAUGAGAAAGCAAUUCAGAAUUGAGGCAGUAGGUCUGAUGAGUCUGUGGUUCAGCUUUGGUUCUGGGGUGCUUGCUCGCUUCGUGGUUGAAUGGGAAUCGGGUAAAGAGGGCUGCACAAUGCAUGUUUCACCUGAUCAGCUUUGGCCACAUACAAAGUUUCUUGAAGAUUUCAUCAAUGGUGCUGAAGUUGCAUCCCUUUUGGACUGCAUCCGUCUCACUGCAGGACCAUUGCAUGCUCUUGCUGCUGCAACGCGGCCGGCACGAGCAGCUCCAGUUUCUGGUGUUCCUGGUGUUACAGCGCCUAUGUCUUCUGUUGCAAAGCAGACUAGUUAUGUUCCAUCUUUACCAAGCAAUGUAAACACUAGCAUAAAUCAGCCUGCACCCGGACCUGGAGUUAAUCCGGUUUCAGCUACUGUGGGUGCACUUGGCAUGCACCAUCCUAAUGCUGCAAUGUUGGCAGCUGCUGCGGCAGCUGCAGGAAGAGGUGGUCCUGGCAUUGUUCCUAGCUCACUGUUGCCCAUAGAUGUCUCUGUGGUACUUCGUGGUCCGUACUGGAUUCGCAUCAUUUAUCGGAAAAAAUUUGCUGUUGAUAUGAGGUGUUUUGCUGGAGAUCAGGUUUGGUUGCAACCAGCAACACCGCCUAAAGGGGGGCCAGAAGUUGGAGGAUCACUGCCAUGUCCACAAUUUCGACCUUUCAUCAUGGAACAUGUUGCCCAGGAGCUGAAUGGAAUUGAUUCUAACUUUACUGGUUCUCAACAAGUAGUUGGAUUGACUAACUCAAAUAGUUUAAAUGCUGGUUCACAACUUCCAGCUGCAAAUACGAACAGGACUAAUCUCUCUAAUUCUACUGGAUUAGUUCGUCCGGCAAAUGCUGUAACUGCUUUCAACCGUACUGCAAAUGGCCUACCCGCAGCAUCGAACUUAGCAGUGGUGAAUGCAGGGAUGCCUUUGCGCAGACCACCUGGUACUGGUGUACCUGCUCAUGUCAGAGGAGAACUAAAUACUGCAAUUAUUGGACUUGGCGAUGAUGGAGGGUAUGGUGGUGGAUGGGUUCCUCUUGUUGCUCUCAAGAAGGUUCUCAGAGGCAUUCUAAAAUACCUUGGGGUGCUGUGGCUCUUUGCUCAGUUACCGGACCUUCUGAAGGAGAUUUUGGGAUCAAUUCUGAAGGAUAAUGAAGGUGCAUUGUUGAAUUUGGAUCAGGAGCAGCCAGCCUUACGCUUUUUUGUGGGGGGCUAUGUAUUUGCUGUUAGUGUUCACAGGGUUCAGCUUCUCCUGCAAGUUAUUAGUGUCAAGAGGUUUCAUCAGUCGCAACAGCAGCAGCAGCAAAAUCCCGGAAGUGCCCAAGAGGAAUUAACACAAGCGGAAAUAGGAGAAAUAUGUGAUUACUUCAGCCGUCGUGUUGCAUCAGAGCCAUAUGACGCUUCUCGUGUUGCAUCAUUCAUUACACUUUUGACGUUACCUAUUUCAGUUUUGAGAGAAUUCCUGAAACUCAUUGCAUGGAAGAAAGGGUUGUCUCAAGUGCAAGGGGGUGAUAUGGUCCCUACACAAAAAUCCCGUAUUGAAUUGUGUCUUGAGAAUCAUGCUGGAUGUAGUAUUGAUGGUAGCUCAGAAAAUACAUCUGCUUCCAAAAGCAACAUUCACUAUGAUCGGGCUCAUAAUUCUGUCGAUUUUGCGCUGACGGUUGUUCUUGAUCAUGCACACAUACCUCAUAUUAACGCUGCUGGUGGUGCUGCGUGGUUGCCUUACUGUGUGUCUGUCAGGUUGAGAUAUGCGUUUGGUGAGAACCCGAAUGUAUUGUUUCUGGGAAUGGAGGGAAGCCAUGGUGGACGAGCAUGCUGGCUGAGGGUUGAUGACUGGGAAAGAUGCAAACAAAGGGUGGCUCGAACAGUAGAAGUGAAUGGGAAUUCUGCUGGUGAUGCCAAUCAGGGAAGGUUAAGGGUUGUAGCAGACAGUGUUCAGAGAACACUGCAUGCGUACCUUCAGGGGCUGAGGGAUGGUGGUGGGGUUGCUGCAGGCAUUGGAUUGUGAAACAGAUAUUACAAAGAAGUAGCUCUAAACAGUACGUAUACGUAGUGCUGACUAUCCUGAAAAAAUCCCCAGCAGAUGUAACCGGAAGAACCAGCAACUGCUGAUUAGCACGUGAACUCACCAGUUGGGAUUUAGCUGGGAUGUAAAGCAGGUUUCUUUUUCUGGGUAUAUGCGGGCUUGCAGUGGCUAACGCAAUGAGGUUAUCCCCUUGUACAGGUAACAUAGAUUGAUACAAAUCUUGCUUAGAAUGGUACGGAUCUUUGAUGAUGUACAAAGAUCUGUUCUGGAUGGUCAA